CGCGGGAAGAAGGUGAAAAUGGCGGCGGCCUUGGGCGGCGGUGGCGGCCUGGUUGUCCGCUGCCUGUGGGGAGCCGCCCGGAGGACCGCGCCGCUGGGCGCCCGGGCGGCCUCAGGAAUCACCAAGGACAUGCUGCCCGGGCCCUACCCCCGCACCCCUGAGGAGCGGGCGGCCGCCGCCAAGAAGUACAACAUGCUGGUGGAGGAUUACAAGCCCUAUCCAGACGACGGCAUGGGGUACGGCGACUACCCCAUGCUGCCUAACCGCUCCCAACACGAGAGGGAUCCGUGGUAUGAAUGGGACCACCCGGACCUGAGGCUGAACUGGGGAGAACCGAUGCACUGGGACUUCGAUAUGUACAUCCGGAAUCGGGUGGACACGUCCCCUACGGCGAUCUCCUGGGACACCAUGUGUAGACACCUCUUCGGCUUCAUUUUCUUCAUGGGCUUCAUGUUCUGGGUCGGGGAAAAGUACCCGAGCUACCAGCCUGUGGGCCCAAAGCAGUAUCCGUAUAACAACCUGUACCUGGAGCGUGGAGGAGAUCCAUCGAAGGAGCCCGAGCCGGUGAAGCACUACGUCAUCUGAGGAGCUUCCGGGGGGGGGCCUCUGUUAUUUCCCUGUGCCCCCCUAAACGGCCAUCGUCUCUCACUUUGGGCCAGUCCCUUUAAUGCCUGUGGGCAGUUUCUCUUUAUUAAAUAUUUAAGAACCUCA